AUGCUAAUAGUGUUAGUAAACAAAGACUCUUUGAAUGGCUAUAAUUGUGAGGGUUUAAUGGUGAAAUCAUUAGGAGAAGAUGGUGUAUAUUUACCAUCUAAGAGAAGUAAUUGUUGGCUAAAAAUAAAAAAAGAUUAUGUUGAUGGAUUAACAGAUACAAUUGAUCUUGUACCUAUUGGUGCAUUCUAUGGGAAGGGAAAAAGGAAUGGUGUAUUUGGUGCAUAUUUAUUGGCGGUUUAUGAUCAAAGAGGAGAGUGUUUACAAUCUGCAUGCAAAUUAGGUACAGGGUUUACUGAUGAUGAUCUUUUCUUACAUUAUACAAGACUACAACCAUAUAUUAUACAACAAAAAAAAUGUUAUUAUGAUUGUAUUAUGGAGCCAGAUGUAUGGUUAGAGGCUCGUGAAGUAUGGGAAUGUGCAGCAGCAGAUUUAUCUAUUUCUCCUGUACAUACUGCAGCAAGACUACAUACUACAGAUGGAAAAACACCCGAGCAAUCAACAGCAGCAGCAGAACUUUUAUCUCUUUAUUAUAAUCAAUUUAAAUCUCCUGCUGCUGCUGCUGCUGCUGCAGCAGCAGCAGCAACAGCAGCAAAUGAAGAAGAGGAGGAAGAAGAAGCAGACAGCAGCAGCAGCAGCAGCAGCAGCAGUGCUGCUGUUGUUGAGGAGAUGGAGGAAGAAAGUAAUAAAACCUCACAAGACACUGCAAAGGAGGAUUCGCAGCAGCAGCAGCAGCAGCAGCAGCAGCAGGUAGAGGAGGAGAAGGAAGAGGAGGAGGAGCAGCAGCAGCAGAAAGAGGAGUAG